CUUAUAGAAAGAAAAAUCUUAUGCACUUGUUUGUAUAUGUUCCUGCUGACCAAUUAAAUCUUUUGUUGCUUAAAUUUGUCAGCAUUUGUGAUGUAGGUGUUCUAGAUAUCCUAAUGAUGUAUGAUACAUUUUCAACAUCAUGUCAAUCAAUUGUUAUCCGAAUAUUUGGUCGUUAUUGGUCUUAUGAUAUUCUUGUCUUUCUAGUUAUUAUUAUCCUCCAAACCUCGGGAUUGACCUCUUCUCAAUUAGGAUGGAUCGGAGUUUUGGUCUUCUUAAUAUUUUUACUUGUCCCAUGAUCGUGGUAUUCAGCUCCUCUCUCCAAUCACAAUAUAUUGGACUUUUGGUAUUCCACGCUUUUUGCUUAUCAUCUUCCCAACCAAGGAUCAAACUCCUCUUCCUCGGUCAGAACUGUUUUGGACUUCUGUGAUAAUUGGUGUAUAUGACAGCUCUAUUGAACUUCUUGGCGAUUUUCUUUUCAAGGUUGCUGGAACCUUUGGAAGAGCAAUUCUUGAGCUUGGGAGUGAUGACGAAGGUCCAAGCACAGAGGCAAAUGGCCCCGCAAUUAUUGAGGUCCUUGGGCAAAGAAGUCGCAAUGAAGUUCUUGCUGAAAUUUAUAUGGUUGCUGGAACCUUUGGAAAAGCAAUUCAUGAGGAUGGGAGCACAGGGGCACAUGGAUGGCCCUGCAAUUAUUGAGGUCCCUGGGCAAAGAAGUCGCAAUGAAGUUCUUGCUGAAAUUUAUAUGCAAUUCUUGAGCUUGGGAGUGAUGACGAAGGUCCAAGCACAGAGGCACAUGGAUGGCCCUGCAAUUAUUGAGGUCCUUGGGCAAAGAAGUCGCAAUGAAGUUCUUGCUGAAAUUUAUAUGACUAUCUUCUUUUCAAGGUUGCUGGAACCUUUGGAAAAGCAAUUCUUGAGGUUGGGAGUGAUGACGAUGGUCCAAGCACAGAGGGACAUGUAUGACCCUGCAAUUAUUGAGGUCCUUGGGCAAAGAAGUCGCAAUGAAGUUCUUGGUGAAAUUUAUAUGACUAUCUUCUUUUCAAGGUUGCUGGAACCUUUGGAAAAGCAAUUUUUGAGCUUGGGAGUGAUGACGAAGGUCCAAGCACAGAGGCACAUGGAUGACCCUGCAAUUAUUGAGGUCCUUGAGCAAAGAAGUCGCAAUGAAGUUCUUGCUGAAAUUUAUAUGGUUGCUGGAACCUUUGGAAAAGCAAUUCUUGAGCUUGGGAGUGAUGACGAAGGUCCAAGCACAGAGGCACAUGGAUGACCCUGCAAUUAUUGAGGUCCUUGGGCAAAGAAGUAGUAACGAAAUUCUUGCUGAAAUUUAUAUGGUUCGUAGUGAUAUUAACUUGACUUUGCAUAAGCAUGUUUACUGAUUCAUGCAGAAGGUUGAGGAUCAUGAAAGGUUCAGAUGCAAUUGGUAUUGCUCCGAGGGCCAUGGAGAAAUCCAAGAGCAGAAACUAACAAAACAUGCAGAUCAAACUAGUUGCAACUGGCUCACAGAAACUGAAAGAUAUCUGUUUAGUCUUGUCUUUAUUUUGUGAUUUACCAGAGUGGAGUGAAACCUCUAGUUUACUUGCUAGUUCGUGGACAGUGUUGGUAGUUGCUGUAGUAGGUAUUAUCUUGUCAUCUCGCAUGCAUUGGUAUUAGAAGUGUGCUUUCAUUAAGUUGAAUGGUUUCUCUUGCA